UGUCCUAUCUUGGCCAAUCAGAGGCGGUGUUGAGCCUCAUGCGUGAUGACGUAGUCAGAGGGCGGGCCGCUUCCACGGUGACCACUCUCAACAAUCCGUCAAUAGGAUGUCAACACGAAAGGUCCUGAGGUCCAGCAGCAGUACCAGUCUGCUGACCACCUCCGUGGCCUUCCAGGACCACAUCACCCGGAGCCUGCUGGGAUCUCUGGUCACACUGUCUGACCCUCUGUGGAAAUGCAGACGACCAGCUCCCAGAAUUCCACAGGCCGGAGGAAACGUGGAGGAGAGGCAGGAUCUGGGAGAGGAGAGAGAAUUUGUGCUGGAUCCUGCCCCCCCUCCGUUGACCUUAGCUCAGAAGAUGGGUUUGGUGGCAGGUCCAGCCCAGCAGCUGAUGGAGGAGCAGUGGAGGAGGGUCAAGGCAAGGUCUGUCCAGCAGGGGGAGUCAGCUCAGCCCUGUCCAAUAUGCAGGGAGGAGUUCCGCCUGAAGCCUCAGGUCUUGCUCUCCUGCUCCCAUGUUUUCCACAAAUCCUGUCUGCGCUCCUUUGAGAGGAUUUCUGGGAGGAAGUGCUGCCCCCUGUGUAGACGAGAACAGUACCAGACACGGCUGGGGCAAGGCGGCGCCCGGCUCUUCAGGACCCCCAGAAUCCAGGCGUGUUGGCGAGGUCACGUUGCCAGGAAGUCUUACAGACACGUUCGAAAAACGGUUUGGCCCAAAGACCAAGGACUACGACGAAAGUUCUUUGAAGCCAGGUUGCAGGAGUUGAACGACAGCUUGGUGCGACACUGUCCCACCGACACGGAGACUUUCCUGACUGAUAUCGACCGCUCGCUGUCGUGGAGCAGACGAGUGUUCCAGCAGCUGGAGAGAAGGAACGUCGGUGAGCCUCAGGACCCAGACUGGACCAGGAUUCAGAACCAGGUCAUCCACAGAGGACUGAGGGACUGUCCCAUCUGCCUGAUGCCACUCUGCAGCCAGGACAUCCCAUCAUGCACUGCUGUGCUGCUCUCCUGCUCUCACCUCUUCCAUCAGCUCUGUCUGGAGGCCUUCGAGUCGUUCACAGCAGACAGAAGACCCUCGUGCCCCCUCUGCAGAUCUGUCUACCACAAGAGACUCGUCUGACACAGGUACAACAGCGCCCUCUCCCCCCAGAAAGUUUUUCUUCAGUUGUUCCUGUCGCACUGAUUUCUAUUUUUCCCUUCAAUGAGAAUCAGUUUUAUGACAUUUGUAUAAAAUGAUCUUUGGAGUUUUGAAGCCUACCUGUGAAUGUGUUGAUAAAGCUCUGCAGCGCCCCCCUUGGUAGGGAGCCAAACCAAGUUAAUCAGGAUGUUGAUUUCAGUUUUUUGCCUGUUGGUCCACACAUGUUUUUAGUUUAUUAAAAAUAACCACACAACAAUCUAGCAAACUGAGAAAUUUAUUUUAAAAAAAUACAUUCACGACACAUGUACCAAAUAUUACAUGCAGACGCAGACGUAAGGACAGAACUAAAAGCUGCAUCAGAACGUUCACUGAACUUUGGAAACGUCGUCAAAUGUACGGUAAAAAAAAGCUGAAACCACAGACCACGUCAGCACCGCUGUCCUGGAAAUGUACAAAGAUUCACAGUAAACAUCUGUGGCUCUCACCAUGGUUCACCUUUAACAUCAACGUCAACUGAAACCAUUUGGUUUAAGUGUACAAACCAACAAAACAAUCUCAGGUCUGAAAAAUGGCUUCAGAAAUUCAAAUGGACGACAAGAGGAAACUAAAGAUUCCAAAUAUAAAUACUAUUAAAAAGCCUGUGAUCACAGCAUGGAAACACACCAACGUCUCCAGUUUGAUGAGAGCCACGCCCACUGUCACGCACCACGUCACUUCACCUGCUUCUAGAUGACACACUUGCUAUAUGUAUGUGUGUAUAUGUGUGUGUAUGUAUGUAUGUAUAUCACACAUGCUGGUCUGAGACAGCAUCAGUGCACACACACACACACACAUGCUGGUAAGUCCACCAACAGAGGACACAGCUCUAACGUUACACCUAUGUUUUUUAUAAGGCAUUUCAGGUGGUUCUGGAGACAGAGGUCAGAGGUCAAAGGACCCUGCAGCAGUAGAACCAGUUAGUGUUGGGCCUGAGUCGGGUCUUUGACUCAUCUUUUUCCUUUUUCGUGUGAAGACUGUGAAAUGUUUGCAUCAGAUUCAGGAGUUUUUGGAAAAAUACAAACAAAAAAAAUCCAUUUCCUCAGUGACAGUCGACGUUACAUCCACGGAACCUAAAAACCUUUCACAUUUAACAUCACAUCACUUUUUUUUAAUGAAGUUGUAAAAUGUUUGACCAAAUCAACGACCGGACCGUGAUAAACAGUGACCCCGAGUGGACGUCUCCUGCAGCGGUUUCAACAACAGCAAAAACCACUU